AUGUGCCACCAGGCGAGGCUUCUACUUAAGAGCGUCACGUCCACCAAUCCCAAGCACGGGCCCGGCUGGAUCGCGGCUGCGCGCGUGGAAGAGUUUGCCGGCAAGAUCGCUCGCAAGACGAUCAAGGCGGGUUGCGAGGCGUGCCCCGACAACGAGGACGUCUGGCUGGAGGGCGCCCGCCUGCAGACGCCGGAGAACGCGAAGACCGUUCUGGCGAACGCCAUCAGGAACCUUCCCACGAGCGUCAAGAUCUGGCUGAGGGCGGCGGAGCUAGAGACGACCAACGCAUCCAAGAAGGUGGUUCUUCGGCGAGCGCUGGAGUUCGUGCCCAACUCCGUCAAGCUCUGGAAGACGGCGAUCGAGCUCGAGGGGGUGGAGGACGCCCUGAUCAUGCUCGGGAGGGCGGUGGAGUGCGUGCCGCACAGCGUGGACAUGUGGCUCGCGCUGGCCCGUCUCGAGACAUACGAGAACGCGCAGAAGGUUCUCAACAGGGCACGAGAAGCCAUCCCGACGGAACCGGCGAUCUGGAUUACCGCUAGCAAGCUGGAGGAGGCCCAGGGCAAGCCGCACAUGGUGGACAAGAUCAUCGAGAUGGCGAUCUCAUCCUUGAGACAGUUCCAGGCGAGAGAGCCAACGCUUUGACGCGAAAGUCUGCAUGUGGUCGUGUGGUCUUGUUGUCUCCUUUUUUUUUUUCUGUGCCCUACUCGUUUGAUAGAUGGGUGUCGUUGUCGAUGAAAGAUAAUAUAUUUCUAGUGUGUGGGAUCGCCUUGGCGAGUGUAGUGUUUACUUUAUCUAUGAUACAGAGAGGGGAUUUUCUUGUCCCUAUCCCUUACCCUAUCCCCCAAGCCACCCCGUACCCCCCACACUAAAACCAAGUUGAAACAUAUCCUCGCGAAAGGUGGCGGUUUUGUUUGUUUCGUCGUUUCCAUUUCCCCUUGUGUUAUUGUCUGCGGCACCUCAAUCGACGAUGAUUAAUUUCUAAUAGUUGUUAAUAGUUUUUUUUUUUGCGAAAAGAGUGGCCCGUAUAGGGGUACGCUUUUUGUUUAAAAAAAAAGAAGCUGUUUAGAGGGAUCGUGUGUGGAUGUAUGUGCGCACGAGAAAAUAAUAAUUUUCAUGCCCAGGGGCGUGAAAUAGACGCAAUGGCUGUCUGAUGUCUGUCUGUCUGUCUGUCUGUCUGUCUGUCUGUCUGUCUGCGCGCCCUAAAUAUCCCAGUAGACUCGAGCCCAUUACACCAUCUCGGCACCAAAUUGCAAACUAAAACUUGCGCACAACAAGUAACAUUUUGCCCGAGCUGUCCCAACCGCUACCUUUGCAAUCCGUGGUCAGUGUCUCGAGAUAGCACACCGUUUGUGCAAAUACAUAUGUGUCACAUGGACGCAUCCCCGACUUCUCGGCCGAGAGGCGUCAUUUUUGUUUUUUGGGCAACAAACUACACGCACGCAAGACCCGCGACGCACUGCCGUGCUGCACACACUGCUGCUGCUACUGGCAAGACACGCACUACACAGAGACAGGGAACAUGGACAAGGGGGGCGGGACGCACACACAUACUGCUGUUAGCGACGGCGGAGGAAGCGGGGAACGUUUGGUUGGUCUGGGGUUCAUCGCUGAUGAUGUUGUUGUUGUUGUUUCCGUUGUUUGUUGUUGUUCAACGCAGCCGGCCUUUUGUUCGCCUUUUUUUCUCUGGAGAGAGAGGGAGUCCCACCAACCAGCGUGUGUUGCACACACCACACAGCGAGAGCGGGACGGGAGCAGGGUGUGCCCUAUACUACUGCUGCUGCUAGCUUUCGGCGGAGGAAGCGAGAGGAGAGAUAUUGAUUGGGUCUCUGUGGGUCCAUCGGUUGGUUGUUGUUAUUGUGUUGCGACGCGGCGGGAGGGAGCGGCCUCUGACUCUGCUCUGGAGAGAGGCACACAUACAUCACAGCACGGGACCAGUAACACAUCACGCUCGUUCCUAGACGAU